CCGGCCUUGGGGGAGCGGGGUACUUGGCAGGGUGGACUCCGCUCCCCACACUCGAGCCCAGCACUGCCCAUCAUCCUUCAGCAAUGUGGCUGGCUGGGGUGCUGCUUGCCAUCUCCUGCCUCAUGGUACACACCACUGCAGCCCCUUCCCCAGUGUUUUGUUCCCAAGACCGUGACUCAGAUGUGAGGCCAGGAUUCCCUGAAUCAAUCAAGACAGACGAUCCCGGAGUCCUGGCGGCAGCCAGGCACAGUGUGGAAAGAUUCAACAACUGCACGAAUGACAUCUUCCUGUUCAAGGAGUCCCGCAUCAGCAGGGCCCUGGUCCAGAUAGUCAAAGGCCUCAAAUACAUGCUUGAGGUGGAAUUCGGCCGAACCAUCUGCCGGAAGACUUCGCAUGCUCGGCUGGACAACUGUGACUUCCAAACCAACCACACCCUGGAAAAGACCCUGCACUGCUACGCUGAGGUCUGGGUCGUCCCCUGGCUCCAGAGCGUGGAGGUGCCCGUCCUGUACUGUCACUGACUCCCGCCUCCUAGGCAAGACCACGGCUGUGACAGACGCACAAGAGGAGCCCAGGCAUCCCUACAGCUCAGCCAGGACAGGAGGGGCGGGACCCCACCCACGGAUAACAUGUCACGUCGCACUUUCUCCUCCAGCUAACUAUUUCACUAAUGCUUUGCACCUAGAUUCACAGGGGAUUGCACACAGGGGAUCGCAUUCUCCAAUGGGAAUAACUGGAGUUGUGGCCACAGCAGACACAGGCAGACCUGAGGGAUGGGAAAGGGGCUCCGAGCCUCAUCUUGAGGGCCCAGGUAUCCAUCUUGGGCCUGAGGUAGCACUUGGCACUGGGUUGGAUGAAGGGAGAGGCCAAGCAUGCUACAGACCACCAUGACCUCCUGUGGAAGCAUAAUGCUGAGUCAAGAGCUUGACCACCUCGAAGCCAAGGCUGUGUGUUCCCACUUAUGGGGGGGGGUCAUCAUGGGAGGUGUGUGCUGUGAGGGGCUCCGCUCUCCAAGUGGCCUGAGUAAGGGGCUCCCCAUGAAGUUCUGCAAUGAUUGCCAACCCUUCACUGCUGGCUGAAACCUGAAGACCCCAGCAGCCAGACAACGGCCAGGACUGUGGGCAAGAACUGGCAAGGAAGGCAGUGCUCCCUUCCCACCAGGGCCCUCUUGGCCAGAGUCCUCUGCACUGCCCAUGAGGCCCGAGGGUUCAGAAGGGCUUGGCACAGCUUCCCCCUGUGCGGGAGGGCAGGAGGGGAGCCCCACUGCAGACGUGGCUGCACAAGGGAUGUGGAGGGAGGACACUGAGGGUAGUGGAAUACAAGCCUGGAGCUUCAGUGGGAUGGGGUGCCAGAGCAAAGGCAGCAGCUCCAACGUCUGAAGGGCCCAGGAGGCUCCAAGCACAGACUGUCCAAGGCCCCAGCACUGGCACCAGAGGGCCCCUCUCCAGCCCCAUAGGAGGACAUCUUGAACCUUUUGCAAACGAGCUAGCUGAAUCUCCCCGGGAAGGCCCGGGAGCAGCUGACAUGGAGAUGAAUGGACAGGAAGCUUCCUGAUCCGCAGAUUUACAUAAAAGACUUGCUAUACGAACCGAUUGUGUACUGGAGAGCUGUCUCUUCCUGUUGGAAUGUAAAUGACUCAGAUCCCCCUCCCCUGAUGCCUGACAACCUUCUUUUAAAAGUCUGAUCCUGGCAAAAUAAACUUCUGGCUAUCUUAUCA